AUGAUGAUGGAGGAAGCGAAUUACAUGCUGACUGAAAUCCCUGGUGGAUAUAUUUCCCACCGACCACAUGCAAUACACCGCUUUGCACCGUAUCCGUUACAUCAGCCGCAUCUGCAGCCUGCGCCGAUAUACAUCCACACGCAGCCGAGGGUGGUGAAUCGACCAAAAUCGCCUCCCACGCCCCCGGCACCGGAAGGAACACACAUUGGACAUCUGUAUCCGGAGAUUCUAGCCAUCAUAUUCGAAAAGCUCAGUGUAAAGGAUCGUGGCAGAGCAGCACAAGUGUGCACGGUGUGGCGUGAUGCGGCAUAUUCCAAAAGCUGUUGGAGGGGGGUGGAAGCUAACCUUCAUUUAUUGCGACGCUCUCCUAGUUUAUUUACAUCGCUGGUCAGGCGAGGUAUCAAGAAGGUGCAAGUGCUCUCAAUCAAAAAAUCUGUGAAAGAUGUAGUUGUUGGAAUACCAAAUCUAGAGUCGUUAAAUCUUAGUGGAUGCUACAGUAUGACCGACGUAGCAAUGUACUAUUCAUUCUCUACGGAUCUACCAAAUCUUAGGCUACUUGAUCUUUCACUGUGCAAACAAGUUACCGAUUCCAGUCUUGGUCUUAUUGCCCAACAUUUGAAAAAUAUUGAAGUGCUCGAAUUGGGAGGAUGUUGCAAUAUAACUAGUACCGGCCUGCUGUUAAUAGCCUUGGGAUUGAAAAAAUUGAAACGUCUAAACCUUCGUUCAUGCUGGAAUAUAUCCGAUCAAGGUAUAGGUCAUUUGGCCGGGCUCAGCAUAGAAACUGCUAGUGGUAUUCCGGAGCUAGAAUACUUAGGUCUUCAAGACUGCCAGAGACUGUCAGAUGAAGCCUUACGCCAUAUUGCACAAGGGUUAGUCUCACUAAAGAGUAUUAAUCUAAGUUUCUGUGUAUGCGUAACCGACAGCGGUUUGAAACAUUUGGCGAAAAUGCCCAAACUGGAAGAGUUAAAUCUGAGGGCCUGUGAUAAUAUAUCGGAUAUUGGGAUGGCAUAUCUGACCGAAGGUGGCAGUUCCAUUUCUUCAUUGGAUGUCAGUUUUUGUGAUAAAAUAGCAGACCAGGCACUGACACAUAUCUCGCAGGGAUUGUUCCAUCUAAAAUCUCUUAGUCUCAGCGCGUGUCAAAUAACUGACGAAGGACUGGCUAAAAUCGCAAAGUCACUUCAUGAUCUGGAAACGUUAAAUAUUGGCCAGUGCAGUCGCGUUACAGACAAAGGAUUGGAAGUGUUAGCCGAGGAGCUUAACAAUUUACGUGCCAUCGAUCUAUACGGCUGCACUCGCUUGUCGCCGAUUGGAUUAAAUAAAAUUUACAAACUUCCGAGACUGUCUAAAGUUAAUUUAGGAUUAUGGCAUGUCAGGUGA